AUGCUCAUCUCAAAAAGACCGCGCAACGUGCGUUAUGGACGGCCAUCUGAUGAAAACAGUGAACAGCAAUCCCACGUAUCAUCUAGCUCUAGAAGCGGUGAUAAGGAGAAUCAGCCACGUUCACGUUCCUCUUCUCAAUCAAAGGCAAGACCGAAGCCUCGUCCAUCACAAUCUGGUUCAACGCUCGAUUUUGAGUCAAAUCCAAACCAAGCCAAAGAGCCUCUCUUUCGCAACAACGAUUCAGAUAACGACAGCGACUCAGAAAUGCAAAAUGGUGAAGCUGUGGCCGAAUCUGAUCUAGCUGAAGAUGCAGAUACGGAGGAGGAAGGAGAAAUUCGACCAAUCCUGUCAGGCAGUCGCAAAAAGCGCAGCAACUCAGAGAUGCAAAAUGGCGAAGCUGUAGUCGACUUUGACCCGGCUGAAGAUGCAGAUACGGAGGAAGAAGGAGAAAUUCGACCAAUCUUGUCAGGAUUUCGCAAAAAGCGCAGUAAAGUCCCAAAACAAGCCGUGCCAAGUUCCACAGAAAGUGAACAAGAUGAGUCUGCUGAAGAAGACUUGGAACCGUCUACGCAAACACAACAAGCCAUCUCAGCUUCAAAUGUCAUUGAAAUUUCCAGUGAUGAAGAUGAAGCAGAUGAUUCUGUUGCUCGGGAGAACACUGUCGUUGCGCAAAGGGACAAAAGAACAAGCCGAAGUCGUGCUCGCUCCAUCUCCAAAAGAGCAAGUGACGAGGAAAAUUUGGGCGAUUGGAAUCAAGAAGACGAGGAUGGUUGGCUUCAAUAUUUUCGCAAAUCGAGCUUCGAGGGAAAUUUCGGUGUGGAAAAAGUCAUACGCUGUAGGCGUCAUCCGCGUAAGCAUUUCAUACAAUACAGAGUAAAAUGGAAAGGUUUCCGAGAUUGGAGCAACACUUGGGAGCCAGGAAACAAUUUUAAUCAUCGCAAAUGCAUCGACGAUUUUUGGAAGUUGCGGAAAAAGAUGUAUGGAUUGGAGCGUCCUGCAAAUACCUACAAAGCUGAUGACGAUCGCCUUAGCGAAAGCGAUACUAAACUCGACAGCGACGAUACGGACGAAGAAGUCAAGAAGAGCGAUUCUGAGCGCAGAGAACAAGCCUGCAAACGGAAAGUGAACGACAUCCGCCGUGACCGCUUCACAUUGCGCGAAAUUAAACUUUAUAAGCAUGGCAAAGAUAUCACUUUAGCCAGGUCUGAAAAGCGAAAGCGCGAUGCAGUGUCUGACGAAGGGGAUGCUGAGCUUGCAUCCAGUUCCAAGACUGCAAGUGCAGUUUCAUCUUCUACGCGAUCGCAAGAGAAAGGAAUUGGAGAGGCCUCAGCAAGUCGAGAAAAGCAAGAUACUCAGACUGGAAGUCCCAUGGAAGCAUUCGUCGUUGAUGACGGUAAUGAUGAUGACGAUGGAGAGUAUGUGGAUUCCUUGCAGGAUGACUACAUGCCUCUACCAAAAUCUCAUUCUGCACCUGCUAUUGAUGAUGCUGAACGAGAGGCAUCUCAACCUGCACAAGGUUCUCGUUCUAGUACAGGCGAAGCAUCACUGGAGCUUGCCUGUAGUUCCAAGCCUGCAAAUGCAGUUUCAUCUUCUACGCGAUCGCAAGAGAAAGGAAUUCGAGAGGGCUCAGCAAGUCGAGAAAAGCCAGACAGUCAGCCCAAGAAGGACCUCAUGUCCUACGCAGCAACGUUUGCGAUAAGUGUUAAGGCACCAGUACGUAGAACUGCCAAGAAUGGGAAGACUGUUGCCAACGAGAGCAUGAAUAAUCACGCUUCAGGACAGCAAGAGGUACGUGUUGCUCCCAAUGAUCAAGGAGCAUUGGUGCCUAGCGAAAGGCAUGCAUACAAAGGAGCACACAAAGCGCCCGGAAAGACCAAGAUGCUGGAACCGCCAAAGGACCCAUUGAAUCGUCUAUCAGACAUUCCAGAUGGACACAAAAGACGACGUCUGACUCUGUCAAGUGCAGAAAGAAGGGCAGACAAGAACCUCGAUAAAGUUGUCCCAUUAGAGCAGCCUGAGCCUACAAGUGCUGUAGACCGCCUUUUCGCAAACGGACCAAGCGGCUCAAACAAUUGCAUCGAUCUUCAAGCCGAAAGUAACCAUGUCACUAUCGACGAUGCACCUCUUCUUGACUGGGAUACAGACACAAAUGUUCAAAAAGCGGAGAAGUCAAAGAGCUCGGUGCGAUUUGAUGACAAUGGAGACACGUCCGGUUGGAAUGACAACAUUGAGCCAAAUGUCGAUACAGAGAUGACUGAAAAGCAGGACCAGUCAUGUGGCUGGGAUGCAGUUGAGGAUAUUCAGGCGGAGAGCUCGAAUGAUUGCAGGGCUAGUCAAAUGCCUAGGAACAACGCAAAUCACUAUGCACAACCUCGCAACGAACGAGAGAACCGAUAUGAACACUCCAAUGGACGUCGUUUUGGAACGGAAUUCAACUCGAAAUUCAACUCGAAAUUCAACGCAACUUCAUCACACUCCGGGUGGGAUGGUAACAGAGGAGACCAGCAAAUGAACACCGGAAAUGGGUAUGAUGGAUGGGACGAUGGUAACAGCACCGUCAGAAGAAGUGAUGACAGAAAUGUGCCGGACAUUCAAGGAAGAUCUUAUAAAGGUGCCAAUCAUCCCGCAAUGCCACAUAAUCUCCCGUCGCGAUCAAUGCACCCAGACCGCCUUUCACAGCUUCACAGUUCCGAUGCCACGUUGAAUGAGGCAUUCCAAGACGUCCAAAUUGCCUCUCCCUCCUCUCCAAUCGCCCAUACAAGUUGGCGUAAGAAUGUUCCUCUCCCAACACAAAAGGAAUCUUUGGGUGCCGCGAGAAAGAAUGAGCGUAUUCCAAAAAGCGAUUCUGGUAUGGUGGCUGCCGCGGAGAAUAGACAUGAAGGGAUGUACGUGAAUACACCCUCCUCAUACACAGCAAGCGAAGCAGGGGAUAGUGAGAUCUGUGAAAGGAGAAUUGCAGAGAAAAAGUUGAAUCUGAAGUAUAUUCGGAAUGCGCAAUCAUGGUAUUGGACGGAAGAGCUAAAGGAAAUCAUAAGAAGUCAUUAUCAUCUUCUCCCUAUGCUAAGGCAAGGCGCAAAUGGAAAGAAAGAUGAGGUUGGGGAAACAUUGCACAAUUACAUCAUCUACAAGGGUGGUGGCUUCCGACCAAGUCUCGAUGAUCGUUUACGGGAAGUGGAUCGAAAAUGUGUCAUGUGGAUUCGUGAUAUUUGGGGACCAUUAGGAGACCAAGAGCGCGAAUGCCUCGCGCUCCGCCAUUUCAAGUUCAUCAGCAUCGAUUUCGAGGCUGAGAACAAACCAACUAUCAAGUUGAUCUGGCCUUCUGAGAAGCCAAGGUUGACUAUGUACAGCUUAGGAGCUUUGGUAUGCAAAACGAUUGAAUGGUGUCAAGCUCGCCGGAUCGAGGAUGAAAACAAACGGACAAAGGCUUUACGAGCGUUCCAUUCUGAUGAGAAGACGCUGUGUCAUGCGUGGCAACGCCUAGCAAUUUCAACCCUGCUGGAAGCAAAGCGUAUGGGAGAAUUUCUCGAGCAAGUGCUGGGCUUGGACAAAACUCUUGCCAUCGAAUUAGAAUUCAUGAUGGUGGACGACGGCAUCUCUGUGCUGGAGAAUAUGGAGGAAUGCAGAGGGAGGUGGACAUACGAAGCAAGAGUCUAUCCAACCGAGAGGCCAGAUGGACCCGAAGCCUUAACGGACGACCUUACUCAAUUCACGUUCAGACUUGAUAGGGAAGUUCACUGCACUUUGAUGACAAUGCAGCAUUGGUGCAGCCAUUCCUUUCGGACUUUCAAUUUCGCCAUUGCUGGUUGCUCCAUGGAAGCGAGUCAAAUUGGAACGUGUUACUCCCGUGUUGACAUUCCUUCAAGUUCAGAUCAUCCUGAUGCCGAGUGA